AUGCUUCACUUAAGGACUUGCGUGGCAAAGCUGAGGCCGUUGACGGCCUUGCAGACUGUAAAGACAAUUUCCCGACACAGGCCGGCGGCGCCCAGGACGUUUCAACACCUCAGGUGCUACAGCGCGCCAGUGGCUGCCGAGCCUUUUUUGAGUGGGACUAGUUCGAACUACGUGGAGGAGAUGUAUUACGCUUGGCUGGAAAAUCCCAAAAGUGUGCACAAGUCAUGGGACAUUUUCUUUCGCAACGCCAACGCCGGAGCUGCUCCAGGCACCGCUUACCAAAGCCCCCCUCCGCAAAAAAAAAUCUUCCAAGCCCAGUUCGCGGUUCAAGCGCAACCCAACGUCGAUAAGCUGGUGGAGGAUCAUCUCGCAGUGCAAUCUCUCAUCAGGGCGUAUCAGAUUCGAGGGCAUCAUGUAGCACAGCUCGACCCACUGGGCAUCUUGGAUGCAGAUCUGGACUCCUCCCUGCCAGCUGAGAUUAUCACAUCCACAGACAAACUGGACCUCGCAGUGUUCAAGGAGCGGCUGAGAGUGUUAACAGUAGGAGGCUUUUACGGGCUGGAUGAGUCCGACCUCGACAAGGUCUUCCACUUGCCCACAACCACUUUCAUCGGUGGAAACGAAUCGGCUCUUCCGCUCCGGGAAAUCAUCCGUCGGCUGGAGGUGAGGAGGGCAGGGAGGGCUGCAUUUGAGGAGUUCCUCCAUCGGAAAUGGUCUUCGGAGAAGCGUUUUGGGCUGGAGGGCUGCGAAGUGCUGAUCCCAGCCUUAAAGACCAUUAUAGACAAGUCGAGUGAGAAGGGAGUGGAUUACGUUAUCAUGGGGAUGCCCCACAGGUACCUCGGCCUCUCUCCACGGCGGUGCUUGGGGGCGGAGGCGGGGGACGCUGCCGCGUUGGUGAUGUCCAUCCUCCUGCACGGAGAUGCCGCUUUCGCCGGGCAGGGCAUCGUGUACGAGACGUUCCACCUGAGCGACCUGCCCUCCUACACCACCCACGGCACCGUCCACGUCGUGGUGAACAACCAGGUUUGUUACCGGCGCAACGGUCACAACGAGAUGGACGAACCCAUGUUCACGCAACCCCUGAUGUACAAACAGAUCCGGAAACAGAAGCCGGUGCUGCAGAAAUACGCGGAGCUGCUGAUUUCCCAGGGGGUGGUCAAUCAGCCAGAGUACGAGGAGGAAAUAGCCAAGUACGAUAAGAUCUGCGAGGAGGCCCACGCGAGAUCCAAGGAUGAAAAGAUUUUGCACAUCAAGCACUGGCUGGACUCACCCUGGCCUGGCUUCUUCACUCUGGACGGGCAACCCCGGAGCAUGACCUGCCCUUCCACCGGUCUGAACGAAGAGGACUUGACACACAUCGGUCAAGUGGCCAGCUCGGUGCCGGUGGAGGAUUUCACUAUCCAUGGAGGUCUGAGCCGUAUUCUGAAAACCCGUGGGGAGAUGGUGAAGAACCGGACCGUGGACUGGGCCCUGGCGGAAUACAUGGCCUUUGGCUCCCUGCUCAAGGAGGGCAUCCACAUCCGCCUCAGCGGCCAGGACGUCGAGAGGGGGACGUUCAGCUUCCCGCUCUUCGUCCUGCACGAUCAGAAUGUGGACAAGAGGACCUGCAUCCCCAUGAACCAUCUCUGGCCCAACCAGGCUCCGUACACCGUCUGCAACAGCUCGCUCUCGGAGUACGGCGUCCUGGGAUUCGAGCUGGGCUUCGCCAUGGCCAGCCCCAACGCCCUGGUGCUUUGGGAAGCACAGUUUGGGGACUUCCACAACACGGCUCAGUGCAUCAUCGACCAGUUCAUCUGUCCCGGGCAGGCCAAGUGGGUCCGGCAGAACGGC